GAGAAAAUAAUAAUUAUUCCUUUUUUUUUUGUCCGAGCAGAGGGCGGUGCUGAGCUUUCAGCCGGAAGUUAGCGAGAGUCUUUGGUAUCCAUGAAUGUGGGGAGGAGGUUGCCCUUGUCUCGCCGCUGUCGCACCGCGGAGGCUCGGCUCGGCUCGGCUCGGCUCCCCGCCCCUCUCGUAGCUCUCGCCCGCCCGCCGCCGCCGCCGCCCGGGAUUUCUGCUCCUUUGAGUUAGGGGCAUAAUAUGAGAAUUUUACGCAUCCCGAACCGCUCAGUGUUUGCGCUGCUCUUCCUCUUCUCCUUGUCAUCAUCGUUCCUCUACUUCAUCUAUGUAGCGCCUGGACUGGUGAACACCUACCUAUUUAUGGUGCAAGCUCAGGGCAUCAUGAUUAGAGAGAGUGUGAAAACGAUGGGAUCUCAGAUGUAUGAACAAGUGGUUCGUGGCACUUAUGUCAAGAUGAACAACAGUCUUAAUGGUACAGAUUAUCCAGAGGAUUUAAAUCAUAGCGAAGCAUACCUACAAACCGCAACAUUUCUUCCUGAAGAUUUUACAUAUCGUGCAAAUCUUGCUUGUCCGGAAAGACUUCCUUCUAUGAAGGGCCCAGUGGAUGUAAACAUGACUGAAAUUUCUUUGGACGAGAUUGAGGAAUUAUUUAGUAAGGAUCCUUACAUGCAGAUUGGUGGUCAUUGGAAACCACGGGAUUGCAUACCACGUUGGAAGGUGGCCAUUUUGAUCCCAUUCCGUAACCGCCAUGAGCAUCUUCCUAUCCUGCUGAGGCAUCUGAUUCCAUUGUUGCAGCACCAGCGCCUGGAGUUUGCCUUUUAUAUCAUUGAACAGGCUGGGUACCAUCCAUUUAACCGUGCAAUGCUCUUCAACGUUGGAUUUAUGGAGGCUUUGAAAGACAUGGACUGGGAUUGCGUGAUCUUUCAUGAUGUGGAUCAUAUACCAGAAAAUGACCGCAACUACUAUGGUUGUGGAGAGAUGCCAAGGCACUUUGCGGCCAAGUUAGAUAAAUACAUGUACCUACUUCCUUACAAUGAAUUUUUUGGAGGAGUGAGUGGAUUAACAGUGGAACAAUUUAAGAGAAUCAAUGGAUUCCCAAAUGCAUUUUGGGGCUGGGGAGGUGAAGAUGAUGAUCUUUGGAACAGGGUACAAUUUGCAAAACUUACAGUAACAAGACCAGAAGGUGAUUUAGGAAAAUACAAAUCUGUCCCUCACCACCAUCGAGGGGAAGUGCAAUUCUUGGGAAGAUAUGCUCUAUUGAGACAUUCGAAAGAGAGGCAGCUGCUCGAUGGUCUGCAAAACUUGAAGUACUUUCCAAACAUCACAGUUGAAGUCUUGUAUAAAAACAUAACCGUAAACUUAACACCGGAGCUGGCUCCAGUGAGCGAUUAUUAAGUAAUAAUAAUCAGAGCAGUUUAGUGAGGGUUAGGGUCCUUUUUCAAGAAACAAAUAAUGGAUGUGGAACUUUUGCUGGUUAAAAAAAAUCUGCAGUAACAACACAGGACUGUGUGAUUGUGAAAAAUACAUCAAAGGUUUGGGUGUGCAGAGGUUGGUUUCUGUUCAAGGCCAGUGCAGGAAGGGCUGAUGGAUAUGAAACAUCAGGUUUGAAAUUCAUUGUAUCAUGGAUACCUUCAGUGUAACCUCUAAUUCCCAUUUUCCCAAUUGGAUAAUAGGACAGCCAAGGUAGAAAAGUGAGCUGAUGAAACCAAGAAUAGUUCCAUAGUAACGAGACAAACUGAAUUUUUAGGCUGCAGAACCAAAUGGAAACUUGCAUUGCACUAAGCAGGUUAUUUUCCAAUCACUUCAUUAAAUUAGCUAAAAAUCAUACCAUUACCAAUUUUUUUUUAAUUCACUAGCAAUUGUUAAUUUACUUCUCGUGGAUGAAGUUUUUUUGUAAAUAAGCUGUGAAUUGCCAGAUAUUUUUUUAUUUAUAGUCUACUAAACCACAAAGUUUACAUGUUGAGAUCAAUGAUUAUGUGUCUGAUGCUAUUGUCUAAUUGGGCACGGAAUACUCUGGACAUCAUCCCUUUAAUUUUAAAAGUAAGGGGAUUUGAUUAGUGCGUGUCUCUGUACAUAUGAUUUAAGAUGUUUUGUUUUCAUUGUCUUUACUGCUACACAUUCACGCUGCUGAAAUCCAUGGAUUGCUCCCAGAAAGGUUGCUAUUUCUUCUCCAAGCUGAAAUGCUCCAUUUUGGUUGCAUCAAUUUAUUUAGUGUAGCUGUUUUUUAUUUGAAUCCACUAUGCUUUGUUACAAGAGAACCGUGCGUGCCAAUGAUGCUGUGGCAUUCUGGUAGCCGUUAAUAAAUUGCAAGUAUUUACAUGCUGAAUAUCGUGGCCACAUCAACACUGCUGCAGUAUUUGAAACUGCUGGUGAUGCAAUUUAGUAACUUGCCGAUUUCCUCUUUUACCAUAAUGUUCCGUUCUGAGGGUCCAAACUUCUUCUCUGAUCCACGGCAGCUGAUACAUUUGGUUUAUCUGUCUGAAUAAAUCAGGGAUUUCCUUUGUCCUUUCCCCAUACCUACCCCUCCUUCCACCAACUCCCCAGCCAGCAUAUUUAUACAGAUCUGUGUUAUUUAGUCGGUGCUAAAACCUGUUUGCAUGAAUAGCUUUUUGAAAUAUUUCUACAAUCAGAUGUCGUAACAGGACACUACAUUAGGCUGUGGUAUGAUAUGGACAAGUCAUACCCAAGAUUCCUACAAGUUUGUGCCAAGGAUAAACGAGGCAUUUCUCCAUGUUUUAGCUCUUCUGCUGGAGGUCUGUUAUGCACACCAAGAGAAAGGAUGAGCAAAAGAGAAUGUUUAAAAAAAAAAUUAAUAAAAAUUGUGGUUUAUUUAUCUGUAUAUUUUUGUAUCCAUCUUAGGUUUGCACCUUUUAUGGUUCAUAAUCUCAUCCACAAUGAAUGGUAGUGACAUUACAUAGACCCCCAUCUCUGGAGUAAGGAGCAAUCCAUGUGAAUAACCUUCUGAGCUUUUGUUGCUAGGUCAUGAUCAGUCCAUAUGAGAGGACGUCUAGGGAUGAAAAUUUUCAUGUCCAUUCUUUUUUAGCAUAAAGGUUGGUUUGAGUCCAAAGUUAAAUUAUUUUGGACUCUGCCAAUUUUUUUUUUUGUUAAAAUUUUCGACAGAAUUUCAUUCAAUUAGACUUCUGUCCUUGAAAGGCUGAUAGUCUUAUUCACUUUAUUUGCAUUUAAAGCUGAUGUUUCACAAAAGAGAAUUUUAUAUAUAUUUAUACAUAUAUAUAUAUAUAUAAACAUGAAGAGUAUGAUGCAGGUAGAGCGUGUGGCAAUAAAGAGAAUAUUGAUUGCUGUUGGUAGCGGUAUAAAAUAAUAUAUUGCUAUUUCUGAAUCCAGUAUACUGCUUCAAAACAGAAAAUAAGCUUAUAGUUGUAUUUCAUUUUGAUGAUUGCUGUAUGUAACUAUAUUUUGUGCUUUCCCUUCUUUCUAUUCCUUUCUAUGUUCCUGCAUUCUUAUUCCUCACCCCUUUUAUCCUCUUCAUACCUUCUCUUCCCCCCCCCCCCCCCCCC